UUCAUUUCGUUCACACAGGCUCACACGUCUGUCCUCGCCUCUCCUUCUCUCUCAGAAUGACAAUUCUAGGUACAGCUUUUGGUAUGUUUUUUUAUUUGCUUCAAGUCGUUUCUGGAGAAAGUGGCUAUGCGCAGAAUGGAGACUUGGAAGAUGCAGAACCCGAUGACUACCCCUUCUCCUGCUAUAGUCAGCUAGAAGUGAAUGGCUUCCAUCACGCACUGACCUGUGCCUUUGAUGACUCAGACAUCAAUAGCACCAGUCUAGAAUUUGAAAUAUGUGGGGCCCUUUUGGAGGUAAAGUGCCUGAAUUUUAGUAAGCAGCAAGAGGCAUAUUACAUCAAGACAAAGAAAUUCUCACUGAUUGGAGAGAGCAAAGUAUGUGUGAAGCUCGGAGAAAAGAGGAUAAGUUGCAAAGAAAUGAACGUAGUCAAGAUAGUUAAACCAGAGGCUCCUUUUGAUGUAAAUGUUGUCUAUCGUGAUGGAGCACAUGACUUUGUGGUGACAUUUAAUACAUCACAUUUGCAAAAGAAGUAUGUAAAAAAAUUAAUGCAUGAUGUCGCCUACCGCCAGGAAAAGGUUGAAAACAACUGGAUGCACGUGAAUUUGUCCAGCACAAGGCUGACACUCCUGCAGAGAAAGCUACAACAUGAUGCAAUAUAUGAAGUUAAAGUUCGAUCCAUCCCUUACUCCCUCGACUAUUUUGAAGGCAUCUGGAGUGAAUGGAGUCCUAGUUACCACUUCAGAACUCCUCCAGUGACUCUUCCAGAGGAGAUGGAUCUGGUGCUACUAACUAUCAGCAUUUCGAGCUUCUUCUCUGUGGCUCUCUUGGUCAUUCUGGCCUGUGUGUUAUGGAAAAGAAGGAUUAAGCCUGUUGUAUGGCCCAAUCUCCCAGAUCAUAAGAAGACGCUGGAACAACUGUGUAAGAAACCAGGAAAGAAUUUGAAUGUGAGUUUCAAUCCUGAAAGUUUCCUGGACUGUCAGAUUCACAAGGUGGAUGGCAUUCAGUCUAGAGAUGAGGCAGAAAGCUUUCUACAAGAAGUGUUUUCUCCACAGCUAGAGGAGUCUGAGAAGCAGAGGUUUGGAGGGGGUGUGCAGGGCCCCUGCUGGCCAUCUGAGCAUACAGUCAUCACUCCAGAAACUGUUAGAGGAGAGUCACCCCUUGGGUGCCUGGCCGGGAAUGGCAGUGCAUGUGAUGCCCCUGUACUCCCCUCCUCCAGGUCCCCAGAGACUGGCCAGAAUGGGCCUCAUGUGUACCAGGGGCUCCUGCUUAGCCCUGGGACUACAAACAGCUGCCUAACCCCUCCAUUUCCUCUCCAGUCUGGAAUCCUGACAUUGAACCCAAUCGUUCAGGGGCAACCCGUCCUCACUUCCCUGGGACCAAGUCCAGAAGAAGCCUAUGUCACCAUGUCCAGUUUCUACCAAAACCAGUAAAUAAGUUGUGAGAAGACAAGACUGAGCCCACCAUGACCAACAAAGGUGACUGCGAGUUCUAGAACUCCCACUCUCCCUCACAGCACAAAGAAGAGAAAAUUGACAAAACCCCACUGGAUGGUCUAGAGGACUCUGAAACAUAGCUUUGACCAUGCCAGCCUGGUUUAGUGACCUUCAACAUGACAAGAAACAUCCUGCUUCUAUCUUGUUGAUUUGGUCACAAGGUGACUCAGUGAUUCAGUUAUUUAAAAAAAAAAAAAAAAAGCAAGAAAGAGAAGAGCCAAGGAAAAAAUGGAAGGGUGAGGAAGGCAAGACAAAAGCAGGAAAGGGAAAUGAGAAUGAUAGUUGCCAUUAUUAGGACUUGCCAUCUCCCCAGUGCUAUGCAAGUGCUCUACACGCCUUAUCUGUCUUCAUCAUCACCAUAGUCCUGGGAAGUGGAGGCAAUUCUUAUUCUCUUUUAAUAGAUAAAGAAAUUGAGAAUUAAGGGAUUAAGUAACUCACCUAUAUUGCUCACUUGGCAGGGGAUAGAGCCAAGAUCUGAUGGCUGAGAGUCCAGCUGCAGUUCCCUGAGCCACGACCCUUCCUCUUCACUAGGCAUUACCCCAUUUGUGAGUACACAGGGUGAUCACAUAAUUUAUUAUCCAAACUAGGUGUGAAAGUAUUAUAGCUAGCUAUGUGAAAAGAAGGCAAGGAGAAGCCACAAAGCCCAUUUGAUUUCAUUUGUCUGAAAACAAGUUCAAGAGGGAAUAAAUUAGAAGCCCAGUAUUUCUCUUGCUAGUUUUCAAGACCACACUCGUCUUCCUGCCACCACACUGGCACUUUUGAACAAUGAGGGGGGACUAAUCCUUCACAUGUUUAUAGACAUUUCCCCAAUUCAAUGUAUCCCCAAAUUUUCCUAAGUUCUAACAGCCCUAGAUGUUACCACAAACCUCAGGGAUAAGGAGUUAUAUAUGCAAUGAGAGAACCCACUGAGACCGUGUUACUGAGAUACAGAGAAGAGAUGCAUUAUGAACAUUUGAGAUUUGUCUUCUUACCUUCCUUGGUCUAGAUGAUUUCUAGUGACUAGCUCAAACCAAGUCAAGGCAGCUGAGCAAAGUCAUCUCGGGGGAGUAUAAUUGACCCCUACUCCCUCAUCCCCCAGACCCUGGCUGUUCACAGAACUGAAGAAAGGUUCUUCCAGGGUUUUGUUUGGGGGUUGUCAUUGUUUUUAUGUUAAAUCUUCUUCUUUAGAAAGACAAUGUUUUCAAUAUUUUAAUUUUGUUAUUUGUUUUGUUUUGUGCUGUGUGUGAAUAGGGUUUUAAUUUGCAGACUAAUGGGCCUUGUCUGUUGGCAAUCAGGCCAUGUUGUUCUUCAAUGAAUGUUUCACUUUCCAAAGUGCUCUCCUCUGCAUCAGUAGUAACAAGCACAACAUCAUAAUUCCUUAGAUUUGCUUAGGGCUUUUGUGAUUUCUAAAGUACUUCCCUAAGCAUUCUUUUCCAUCUCCUUGGUUGGUAUUUAUGAAAAGCCUGCUAUGUGCCAGCCAUAGUGUUAGGCACAGGAGAUCUAAAGAUAGAUAAGGAUGGCACCCUGCCUCAUAAAGUGACAGCUUUGUAAACAAGUUAUCAUCAUAAUACAAGAUGCUAUAACAGAAGUAUAUUGAAAGUGCCCUGUUGGAGAUAGUCACGAAAAAUACCACUAAAUAACACAGAUUUGCCUGGAGGAAAAGAACCUUCUUGGUGUGAAGUAGCAGAAGACAUUUCCAACAGGUGGGAAAUAGGUCUCAAAGAGAAGGUUACAAAAGAUCUCCUGCCCAACCACUGUCCCUGGUACCUCAUUCACAGAGGUUCUUUUAAACAUUUUAUUAUUAUCUUUGGGAAAUUUUGGACCCAGAGAGGACAGGUAAAGUGAUCAACUUCACAUGAAGUCUGAAUUGGGAGCCAUAAUUUCCUAUCCCCGAUGUAAACAGACAGAUGACUAUAGAGGAAGAAACAUCGAGGUCCCUCCAGCUCUAAAAUCCUCUGCUUCUGUGCUGUCUGACAGAUGUCAUCGCUGAAAUUUAGUGUCUAUCUGUAUUGGAGGCAUUUAAAAUCCACACAUUAUACUCUUGUCACCAUAACUGCUCCUAAUGCUUCAUUAUGUACUUAAGGACAAUGUGUAAUGUAAGAUUACAAAUUGGUUCUGCCUAAGCCCUUACUGGAUCUUAUUAAGAAAGAAAAACUGGCCAGAGACCAUGUAUAAAUCAGAGAUGUAAAUUGCCAUUUCUGUAUAGCAUGAAAGGAAAAGACAACAGAAAUUGGCAGCUAGUUUGGUCAAGCAGCCAUGUCUGUGCCUGGGGCACCCUCGCUGAUUCGGUUCAUUUUCUAUCUGCCUUUGCCUUUUCCUUUAAUGUGGUUUUUGUAGGAAUUAGCAACAGAAAAGCCAGCAUGGCCUGUUUCAGACGUGCAUACUUGUGUUUUCUCAGUUCUUCUGGAGAGGCCACAAGACUUGCAACUGGCCAGGAAAAAUUCAUGGUAAAGAGCAUGGAAAUGAUUUAGAUCAGGUGGCAUUUUCACCAGCUUGGUGGUUUCUCUUAGGGGUUGUUCCUAAAAAUAUCCAUCAUUCACUACAGGGAGGUCUCUGAUUUGACUGCGUACUUUCCACAUGCAUUACAAACAUUUUGCAGAGCUGCUAAGUAUAUAAGUAUAUGAUGUGUGUUACCAUCUCAUAUUUAAUUAAAUGCUCCAAAACUCUUCAUGACUGUCCUUGUCUUCUGUGACAACUGUGGGUAGAGGGAUCCUCAGAAUGGACCACACGUCUCCUCAGCCACUGGAGACAGGCUGAUGUCAUUUGCUUUCACUUUUUUUUUUUUACUAAAUCAUAGCUGUGUACAUUAAUGCAAUCAUAGGGCACCAUACACUGGUUUUAUAGACCAUUUGACACAUUUUCAUCACACUGGUUAACAUAGCCUUCCUGGCAUUUUCUUAGUUACUGUGUUAAGACAUUUAUAUUCUACACUUACUAAGUUUCACCUAUACCCUUGUAAGAUGCACUGCAGGUGUAAUCCCACCAAUCACCCUCCCUCCAGCCAUCCUCCCCCCUUGCUCCCCUCCCUCUCCCACUAUUCUUAGGUUAUAACUGAGUUAUAGUUCUCAUAUGAAAGCCAUAAAUUAGUUUCAUAGCAGGGCUGAGUACAUUGGAUCCUUUUUCUUCCAUUCUUGAGAUACUUUACUAAGAAGAAUAUGUUCC